GGUAAGGCGGUAGUAAUCCCUGGAUGCUGAUUUGCCCAGGGCCCGCCCCGAGUAAAACGCCUCGUCAACUUGACUUCUCCUCCAACCUCCAACCUCAUCUCCCCCCAAUUGACCCUCAAUCAUCGCCCGCGAUGGCCUCUAAACUCUUCUCAGUCCCGCGGGUCGGCCGCCAGUUGCUGCACCAGCUCCCCAAACCCCAAUACAGAGCCUUCUCCGCCGGUUCGCAACGGUUCAGCGACUCCCUUGCGGUGCACCGCAACAAGCCCAACAACAACCCGACCCUCCCGUUCAAGUUUUCCGAGCAGAACCUCAAACUCGCCGAUGAGAUCCUUAAGCGCUACCCUCCCCAGUACAAGAAGGCUGCUGUCAUGCCCCUGCUUGACCUCGGUCAGCGUCAGCACGGCUUCACCAGCAUCAGCGUCAUGAACGAAGUCGCUCGCAUGCUCGAGAUGCCCCCAAUGCGUGUCUACGAGGUCGCGACCUUCUACACCAUGUACAACCGCGAGCCGGUUGGCAAGUACUUCGUGCAGAUCUGCACCACUACCCCCUGCCAGCUCGGCGGCUGCGGUAGUACCGCCAUCGUCAAGGCCAUUACCGAACACCUCGGAAUCACCCCCGGCCACACCACCGAAGAUGGCCUCUUCACAUUCAUCGAGGUCGAAUGCCUGGGUGCUUGUGUUAACGCCCCCAUGGUCCAGAUUAACGAUGACUACUACGAGGAUUUGACCCCGGAGUCGGUCAAGACCAUCCUGACAGCCCUUAAGGACUCCGCCACCGCUACCGGUGCCGGCUCCAAGAUUCCCGCCCCUGGCCCGCUGAGCGGGCGCGAUACCUGCGAGAACAGCGCCGGUCUGACCAACCUGACUGACGUGCCAGAGUGGAACCCGGAGACGAUGAUGCGCAAGGACAAUGCAUUGGACGCCGCGCCCCAGCAAUAG